AUGCAUCUACAGUACCGCUUCAUCUACGCGGUUCUUGCAGCUAAAGUCAAACAGUACAUCGCGACCGAGUUCGGGCUGGAUGUGCUACCCGACUGGCUGGUAGAACUCCGGCCCAUGCUCUGCAUCAAGCACGAUAUGCGCGAUUACCUGAUCUUGAAGGAGCCCGAGGGGCUGGAGUGGAUAGCGGUCGUGUGCAACGUGGUCUUCGAGAUGGGCGUCAUGUCUAGCUUCUUUGGCUUGUAUUGGGACGAGAGAAAGGUCGUACUGAUCGACGGUGGGAAGAUCAAGUGGGUGGCCACGACGCUGGAUACGGUCGCGUUGGCGACCGUGCGGGCGAUUGAGAAGGAAGGAGAGGAGAAGACGAGGAAUCGGAUCUUACUCGUGCAGGAUUUCCGCACGAGUCAGAGCGAGAUUUCGGCCAAGGUCGCAGAGAAGACUGGAAAGAACGGAUGGACAGUGGAGGAGGUGAAGUAUGAUCAGUGGCUUGAGGAAGCCAAGGACGCCGCCAGAAAAGGGGAUCAUAUUGGUUUGUCAAAAUUGACAUUUGGGACGGUGUUGUUGGGGAGUAAGUGGGAGGAGAGGGAGGAGUUUGUGCAUGGGUUGCUGGAGUUGCCGGCGAACCAGUUUGACGUGGCGAUUGGGGAGGUUUUGAAGGAUGUUUCAUAA